GAGUUGGACGAUUCCUACGGUAGGUCAGAAGUGGUCUUUGUGCCACACUUUUUUCACAGAGACGCGUUGAGUGUCUCAUUUCAAGACGAGCUGAAAGGAAGACCACGGGAUCUUCUUGCGGCUCGGGGAAACAUCUUCGUCUCUGACAAACGCUGACAGCUGACCGUCAGGAUGAAGGUCCUCUACCUCCUGUGCCUUGUGCUGACCGCUGCUGUGGUUCAGGGGUAUCCAGUCUGGAAGCGUGAUGAAGAAACAGCAGCUUGCGGGACCUUCGAGUUUCCCUGCCGCAAUGGCGGUUGCAUCGCCGGAGACCAGGUCUGUGACGGGGACGACGAUUGUGGAGACAACUCAGACGAAGAGGGUUGUCAGGAGACUCAGGACUGUACCGAGUUUGCAUGUCUUGACGGACAGUGCAUUGCUUUCGAUAACAUCUGCAAUGGACAACCCGAGUGCAAGGAUGGCUCGGACGAAAAUGAAGCAUUUUGCGCAAAAUUAGCCGCUGCGCAAGGAGGAUCAAGGAGGUCUGGUAUUUCAGAAACACAAGCAGUGGGUUUGGAAGAAAACCUGUUGAAUGCUAUUGUGAAGAAAAAGAACGAGGAGACAAGUGAGAAGAGGGAUGCCUUCAUGGCCGAUCUGCAAAAAGUGCACGACUUCGAAAAGCAGUUCUCCAGAGAUGGACAACUACAUGAACGCGGACUUAAAAUGGCAAACGAAUUGCGCGAGUUCUUGAAGUAUGGAAAAGCAUGGGAGGCCAAGAAGAAAGGUUUAAAAGCACAAGAAUACCGUUCUAACGAAAAUGAAGUAGGGAAAAGAAGCGCUUUCAUGGACGACCUCCUGGACAGUCUUCAAUUUGAAAAGCAGUUCAGCAAAAAAGGAGAGUUGUCUCCCAAUGAGAUGAAGACAGCCAAAGCAAUCCGAGAGUACCUUGAAUUUGAUAAGGCAUGGGCGGAGAAGAAGGGUAACCCAUUCUCGUCAUUUUUUGGUGACGAUGAUUCCUCAUCAUCAGAGGAAGACUCCUCAUCAUCAUCCUCGGAAGAAGAGGAAGAGAAGAAAGAUGACUCUUCAUCAUCGGAUGAUGAUGAUUCCUCCUCCUCUUCGGACGAUGCUCUCGACAAGAAACAAGAAGAUAGUUUCUCAUCCUCAGAUGAUGAUGAUUCCUCUUCAUCUUCGGACGAAGAUUUGGACAAGAAACAAGAGGAUGACUCCUCCUCAGAUGACGAUGACUCCUCCUCCUCAUCAGAAGAUGAUUCCUCCUCCUCUUCGGACGAUGAUCUCGACAAGAAACAAGAAGAUAGUUCCUCAUCCUCAGAUGAUGAUGAUUCCUCUUCAUCUUCUGACGAAGAUUUGGACAAGAAACAAGAGGAUGACUCCUCCUCAGAUGACGACGACUCCUCCUCCUCAGAUGAUGAUGAUUCCUCCUCCUCUUCGGACGAUGAUCUCGACAAGAAACAAGAAGAUAGUUCCUCAUCCUCAGAUGAUGAUGAUUCCUCUUCCUCUUCUGACGAAGAUUUGGACAAGAAACAAGAGGAUGACUCCUCCUCAGAUGAGGAUGACUCCUCAUCCUCCUCAGAUGAUGAUUCCUCCUCCUCUUCGGACGAUGAUCUCGACAAGAAACAAGAAGAUAGUUCCUCAUCCUCAGAUGAUGAUGAUUCCUCUUCAUCCGAUGACGAUGACUCCUCCUCCUCUUCGGACGAAGACCUGGACAUAAAAAGGGAUUCGUUCAUGGCCGAUCUCCAAAAAGUGCACGACUUUGAACAGCAAUUCUCCAGAGAUGGACAACUGCAUGAACGCGGGCUUAAAAUGGCAAACGAAUUACGAGAGUUCUUGAAUUUCGGAAAAGCAUGGGAGGCCAAGAAGAAAGGUUUAAAAGCACAAGAAUACCGUUCUAACGAAAAUGAAGUAGGGAAAAGAAACGCUUUCAUGGACGACCUCCUGGACAGUCUUCAAUUUGAAAAGCAGUUCAGCAAAAAAAGGAGAGUUGUCUCCCAAUGAGAUGAAGACAGCCAAAGCAAUUCGAGAGUAUCUUGAUUUGAUAAGGCCUGGGCGGAGAAGAAGGGUAACCCAUUCUCGUCAUUUUUUGGUGACGAUGAUUCCUCAUCCUCAGAGGAAGACUCCUCAUCAUCCUCAGAAGAAGAAGAAGAAGAGAAGAAACAAGAG